AUGUCAACCUACAAGAUUAUCGCCCCUGGUCGCGUGAACUUGAUUGGAGAGCAUGUGGACCAUCAGAACUACCCGGUGUUUCCUUGUGCGAUUGAGCAGUCGAUUGAAGUUGACGUGGUGAAGCAUCCGUACGUGGAGGGGAAGGAGCCUGCUUUGGCAAUUUUUCAUUCGAACCCCGAUUUCGACAACAUUACUUUCCAGAAGCGUGAAGACAUAAAGAUGGUAGAGGGCAAACACCAGUGGUACAACUACAUAAUUGCAAGUUACUUUGGCAUAUGUGAGUAUCUUUAUAACGGUCAUUCUAUCGAGAAGGGUCAGACGAUAAAGCGUUUCGAGGGUUUACCUAAGGAGUACUAUGAGAAAAUUGACCCGAUCAGUCCGCUGAAUUUCGCCUACAAGGUGACGGUGGGUGGUCAAGGGGUGCCGGUGGCUGCGGGUUUGAGCAGUUCGUCUGCCUUAACUUGCGCCGUGUCGCUUGCUUGGGAUACUGGCCUGAGCCCCGCCAUAUUGGCGACUGUAAGUGCCCAUGGUGAGGGUUACUCUGGCACUGCUGGUGGCGGAAUGGACCAGGCGGCGAUUCUCCUAAGUGAGAGCGGGAAGGCGCUGAAGAUCGAUUUUCAUCCGUUGGAGGUUGAGAGUGUCAACUUGCCGAAGGAGAUUUCUAUUGUGGUGGCGAAUACUGGCCGUGUGGCUUCGAAGGCAGUGGGCUACGCUAAGAUGUACAACAAGCGUGUAUUCGAACUCAAGUGCGCGUGCUAUUUGAUACUGAAGAAGCACGGCAUUGAACUGACACAUGUUCAGCUUAUUCAAAACGGUCUGCGUGACGUACUUCGAAUGAUCAAGAUUUCGGAACAGGACUUCCUCAAUAAGGAGAUGAAGGAAUGCCUGAAGGCUGAUUUCUAUACCCGCGCUGACCUUGAGAAGCUGGUUCCUGCUGACGUCCGAGAAUUCCUACUCGAGAAGAGGGUGGGACAGAAGGUCUGGGAGGUAAACGAUGAUUUCCAUCUGCUAGAAAGAGUUCGACACGUUCUUACCGAAAACGAACGUGUGCUGGAGUUCGUUAAAAUAUGCAAAGAGCUGAAUCACGACCAAGACACACCUCCAGCAGUACUCAAACGUCUCGGGCAGCUCCUGGAUGGCUCUUUCGCCUCUCUCGACGGCGACUUCGACUGCGGCUGCACCGAACUUACUCAACUGGUUAACAUUUGCAGAAAUGCUGGUGCACUAGGAAGCAGACUUACUGGAGCCGGUUGGGGUGGCUGCACUGUCUCCAUUGUCGAGACGCCGAAGCUGCAGGACUUCCUAAAGAAGGUUGAACAGGACUACUACAAACCAAUGAUCUCAGGAGAGAAAAAAUACGACGUUCCUGAACAAUUCAUUGAAAUGGCUAAGAAGGAUAUUAAGAGCGUAUUGUUCGCCACCAAACCCAGUAUGAGCGCCCGUAAAGUGUAG